AUUCAGGCCAAGGACAUGGGCGGCCACACGGGGGGGCUGUCGGGCAGCACGACGGUGACCGUCACCCUCAGCGACGUCAACGACAACCCCCCGAAGUUCCCCCAGAGCUUGUACCAGUUCUCGGUGGUGGAGACGGCGGGGCCCGGCACCCUGGUGGGCCGGCUCCAGGCCCAGGACCCAGACCUGGGGGACAACGCCCUCAUGGCGUACAGCAUCCUGGACGGGGAGGGGGCAGAGGCCUUCAGCAUCAGCGCCGACUCCCAGGGGCAAGACGGCCUCCUCACUGUCCGCAAGCCCCUAGACUUCGAGACCCGCCGCUCCUACUCCUUCCGCGUGGAAGCCACCAACACGCUCAUCGACCCGGCCUACCUCCGGCGAGGCCCCUUCAAGGAUGUGGCCUCGGUGCGCGUGACCGUCCAGGACGCCCCCGAGCCGCCCGCCUUCACGCAGGCUGCCUACCACCUGGUGGUGCCCGAGAACAAGGCUCCCGGGACCCUGGUGGGCCGCAUCUCGGCGGUGGACCUGGACUCCCCGGCCAGCCCGAUCCGGUACUCCAUCCUCCCGCACUCGGACCCCGAGCACUGCUUCUCCAUCAAGCCCGAGGACGGCACCCUCCGCACCGCCGUGUCCCUGGACCGCGAGGCCCGCGUCUGGCACAACCUCACCGUGCUGGCCACAGAGCUCGACAGCUCGGCGCAGGCCUCCCGCGUGCCAGUGGCCGUCCGGACCCUGGAUGAGAACGACAACGCGCCGCAGCUCGCCGAGCCCUACGACACCUUCGUGUGCGACUCGGCCGCUCCGGGGCAGCUCAUCCAGCUCAUCCGCACCCUGGACAGAGACGAAGACGGCAACAGCAGCCGCGUCUCCCUCCAAGGCCCUGCGGGGCCCGACGCCAACUUCACGGUCCAGGACAAUGGAGACGGCUCCGCCAGCCUGCGGCUGCCCCCCGCGCCCCGCCGCCCCCGCCAGGCGCCCUACCUGGUGCCCAUCGAGCUGUGGGACUGGGGGCAGCCUGCGCUCCGCAGCACCGCCACGGUGACGGUCAGCGUGUGCCACUGCCGGCCCGACGGCUCCGUGGCCUUCUGCCGGCGCGCCCAGCUCGCCCCCGCGGGGCUCAGCACCGGGGCCCUGCUCGCCAUUGUCACCUGCGUGGGCACCCUGCUUGCCCUGGCGGUGCUGUUCGCGGCCCUGCGGCGGCAGAAGCAGGAGGCGCUGAUGGUGCUGGAGGAGGAGGACGUGCGCGAGAACAUCAUCACCUACGACGACGAGGGCGGCGGCGAGGAGGACACCGAGGCCUUCGACAUCGCCGCCCUGCAGAACCCCGACGGCGCCGCCCCGCCGCCGCCGCCGCCCGGCGCCCCGGCCCGCCGCGACGUGCUGCCCCGGGCCCGCGCCCCGCGCGCGCCGCGGCCCCCGGGCCCCGCGGACGUGGCCCAGCUGCUGGCGCUGCGGCUGCGCGAGGCGGACGAGGACCCCGGCGUGCCGCCCUACGACUCGGUGCAGGUGUACGGCUACGAGGGCCGCGGCUCCUCCUGCGGCUCGCUCAGCUCGCUGGGCUCCGAGGCGGGCGGCGCGCCGGGCCCCGCGGAGCCGCCCGACGACUGGGGCCCGCUCUUCCGCACCCUGGCCGAGCUGUACGGGGCCAAGGAGCCCGCGGCGCCCUGA